CACCAUUCAUUUCUCUUCCUACUUGUAAAGUCACUAACUUUCUUCUUGAUUUUUCUCAGCUUUGAAAAAUGGCAGCCUCUUCAUCUCUAAUUGGGUUGCUUCAUGCUGGCAACCCUCAUCUACACUCUCAUCACCGAUGGCUCUCCUUUUCGAUCCGAGCUCUUUACCCCGUGGCUCACUGCGACAUUGAUCGACUUUUAUGUUAAUGUGGUGGCGAUAGCGGUGUGGGUUGCCUACAAUGAAUCGUCUUGGGUCAAUACAAUAUUGUGGAUUAUUUUGCUGAUAUGUUUUGGCAGCAUAACUACAUGUGUUUAUAUCGUGAGGAAACUUGUCAAUGUUUCAACUAGAGGUCCUGAAGAUCCUGUCAGACUUAUCUUAUCCAGAAAUGACGGUCACCAAAAAAUGACAUGCUGCUCCCUUUUGAUGUGGAGAGUUGUUUUCAGCGUGUUGGCUGUCUUCAUGUCGGCGGUUGUCAUUUAUACUGUGGCAACUGAUGGUCUUCCUUUUCGUAAGGAAUUGUUAACUCCGUGGAUGGCUGCAACCUUGAUCGAUUUCUAUAUAAAUGUUCUUGCUAUAUCGGUAUGGGUUGCUCACAAGGAAUCGACGUGGGUAGGAACAGUCAUUUGGAUUUGUCUUUUGAUAUGUUUUGGCAGCAUUACUACAUGUACCUACAUUGCCAUUCAGCUUUUCCGGCUCUCAGACGGUGAUCCUAUGUACUACAUUUUGCUGGACCACCACAGCAAGCCCGCAGUUAGUUCUUCAAGUUCAUAAACUUACAUAUUUUGUACAUACAAAUUACAUCAUAUGUUGAUUAUUUUCUUCAAAUUUGGAAAAACUGUGGAAAUCUUCAGGAUUGAAACUCGAACAUCCCUCUGUCAAUACCCAACCACAUAAAAGUACCCAUUGUAACUUUCAUGCGUGGAGUAUUUCUGGGAUACCUGAAUGUCUUCAAGACUCGAGUUAUGUUUGUAUUAGGAUCCGCUUCUUUCAGGUGUAUGGUCAAGUGGUAAUAUUGUGAAGCGAAUUACCCUAAGACAUGUACAUGUCUUCUGUUGUUGUCUCUUAAAUGUACCUUACACUAUGGUGUAUUAUGUGUUCAUGAUCUUCCUCAAGAUACGGUUUUCAAGUUAUCAUGUAUGCCAGAUAUUCUAAAUUCGGAUAGAUUUUGCUACAAUAUAAUUUGUGAUCGGUGUGCUGGCAAGAACUGCAGUUUAAUUCACUGAA